AUGACGAAAGAGCCUGGGGUUCCCAAUCGAAGAAGAGCCAUUCGAAAGGUUAAUUAUAAUGAAAAGGACGCCGAUGAGGACGUCGUUCGACGCAUUCAACUGAUGGAAAAGAAUAGAGAAGCCAGCUCUACGUCUGCUGCGAACAAAAUAAAAGUACCGAAAACGAAGUACCAGGAGUAUUUGAAUGAUAAAACCACAGCCUGGAAUUUUAUACCGUCACUUCCAGCUACUUUUAGAAAGCACAGCCGUUUUUCAAACAUAUUAGAAUUGGAAAAUGCCGUGAUCGAUGUAAAGAGCGAUAUUCUAAGCAAUGGAGGUUCAGUGCUUUUCAAGCGUAAUGAUCAUAUUUAUAUGGUUUCGGAACCACCCGGGGAACCUUACUAUAUCGGCCGAGUUGUACAAUUUGUGCCCAAGGCAGAGUUCAGUCACCUCAUCGAACAGGGCAAGAAGUAUACAAGUGUCUUUCCGGCUAGAUAUUUCGUGGCAAAAAUGAAUUGGUACUAUAGACCGCGAGACGUUCAAGAAAAAGCGUUAAACGUCAGUCCCAGAUUACUUUACGCUUCACUUCACAUGGAUACGUGCCCAUUACAUUCAUUCCGCGGGAAAUGCACUGUGUUGCAUAGACCUAACUUAGAAGAAUCAAAAGAAGCGGCACUUGACGCUCUCAUGAAACCGAACACAUUUUAUUACGAGCAGCUAUUUGAUAGGUACACACUACAGUACUACGACGUUUGGGAUACUAAAAGGCAACUUCUGCCUCUAUCGCCUUCUUCAAUGUAUCUUUCCACCGUUGCCGAACUCUACCCUUUUGUCUUUGUCGAAGAACAAUACCCUCUGAAACAAGUGAUUCAAAAGUAUGUACUUGGCAAAAGGCUACCAGAUGAACGAAAUUGGGAUCUAAAAUGCGUGGAAUGUGGGGAUUGGUGCGAGAAAUCUCAAUGCGUAAGAUGCGACGAGUGUCACAUUACAGUGCAUUUGUACUGUCUGGAUCCACCGCUAGAAAGAAGACCGGCAAAAGGUGUCAUUUGGGUUUGUUCGAGGUGCAUCAAUAAAGCUGACAUUCGGUCCGAGAACGAUCAUUGGAAGCCCAUUGAUUGGCAAUUAGAAGACUUUGAUCAAUCUGCCUGCUUAGCGAGACUACAAGAGAAUCUAUGGUUUCACUACUUGGGUUCCAAGGUUGUCCAUAAUCUAAUGGAUGUAUUAUCACCAGAACUUUUACUACCAUUUCCCAUCAAAAAGCUCCGAGCGGGUUCUAAAUAUCAGUGGAAUGGAUGUGAAGACGAUAGUUGGGAGCCGAAGCCGUACGAGGACAAAGCGGGUGAGCGAGGAGCAGAUGAUGAGAGCAUUAUUCUAUGGAAAAAUGACGAUAAUAAAUUAACCGAAAUUGAGCUGAAUAACUAUGUCGAAGAGUGUCAGACAAGGUUCCCACCGAUACUCGAUAUCGUACCGCAAACAUGUAACUUCUGGGACAUGAUACUCAACAUUUUGAUGAUGAACGAUUAUAAAUCGGCAGUCGCGCUAAAAGCAUGCAGGGAAAAGAUUAGUAGAGACACCCUUCGAGAGCCAACUUUCACUGAGGCCGAGAUAACUAAGUUCGAAGAGGGAGUUGCUAAGCAUGGAAGUGAAUUACAUUAUGUUUUUAAGGACGUCAGUACCCAACCAAUGGCCAUGAUUGUGCGAUAUUAUUACUACUGGAAGAAGACACCCAAUGGGAGAAGAAUUUGGGGCAACUUUGAAGGAAGGAAGAAGAAUAAAAACAAGGGCCUUUUGGGAACUAAGAAGAAAACAGAAGACACAAAUAAAACGCAACGUGUUCGAAAACCCUCGAAGAUCUCACGAGAAAACGAAACUGCCGCAAGUAAAGAGUGGAAACAUAUUGAUGAUUCCUCCUUUGACUCUGAGAAGAUCUCAACGCUCAAAACUUACUUCAAAUGUAUGUUUUGCGAAGUGGACUAUUCUCCGCUAUGGUUUCGUGUAACCGGUGGCUGUGACGACGACCAUAUCAAGACUAGAAUGAUUACAGGCGUGAAUGAGAAAACGUCCACAUCAGACAAACUACCGAGAAAGACACACCAUAGCAACUCUAAUACUCAUUUAGAGGCUCUUUGCAUCAGAUGUGCCCGCUUAUGGAGAAGAUACGCCGUCAAGUGGAAUAGUCCUAUGGAUGUUGUCAAGAAGUUGAACGGGAAAUAUUCCUCAAGCGUGCGGGCCGCUUUAGACCUACUACUCACCGACUCUGAUGACACAAGUGUGAAGGUGCUGCCAAAUUUGCUGGCUGAAAAAUGUGUGGAAUGGGAGUUGGUGCAAGAUUCAGAGCUGAUAAUCAAACAGCGCUUGCAUAUAAUAGGUGAUCCCGAAAGACUCGCGAAAAUGAAACGCAAUUGCCUCUCAGUACAUGCGCAGCUUAAUAAAGUGGUGAGACGUCUAGUUGAGAAAGACAGCCACUCAGACGAUACAAUGAUACAACUCUUAGAAAAGCUUGUCAGCGGAUUUGUUGUAGAAGCCCGUAAAAAGGAAAGACAGGAAAAAACAAAACAAGAACGGGCAAAAAUUGAAAAGAACCGACCUAAAGCUAUAAUUCAAACACCUGUGAAGAAUGUUGUUCGGCCUCGCGAUACUGCUCAAAUAGCAUCCGCUGAAGCAUAUAUCAAAAAUGGCACGAAAAAGUUACUGAAAGAGACGACGGAGGAUCCAAGUAUCAAGCACGAAAUUACCGUUCCGAGUGGUGACAAGUUAGUGGAUGUAUUUGUGGGUAAAGAUAGCAGAAAAAUGGGUGAAAUUAAGGUUGACGAUUGUUUCGAAAAUUUACGACUCUCUGAUGAUCUUUUCUUGUACAUUGUCAAAUUUGAACAUCCCUCGCAAAGCCCUGUUAGCCAAUCGCAACCCAGAACUGCUGUUGGGAACGAGAAAUAUGGAAGCACACAUGCGAAGGAUAAGGUAAAACCUUCAGAUUUCUCUGCAUUUCAGAUUACUAACGCUUCUAAUGUACCUAUCAUUCCUGAUGGAAGCCUUCCAAAAAUAUUAGAGGCGUACCAUACGCACAAUCCGUUCUACCAUGAAUGGUCUCAAGGAAAGCUUCCGAAGCUCAAUUAUGAAAACUUUCAAAAAAUGACAACGAACUCAAAUCGUUUGGUUUCGAACCAUUUGGGUCGACGUGCGAAAUCGCCAUUUUCUGUCAGCAGUAAAACGGAAAGUGAUAACGCCGCUGAAAAACGCGAUUUUUGUUGCGUUUGUCAAUUGAAAUUCGUUGGAGAUCGAGACGAAGAAAUUUUGUGCCGAAAUUGUGGCCUCAAUGUCCAUUACUUUUGUUACGGAGUUGAGGUACCUGAGCGAAGUAAGGAAAUUGAGCAGGAAAUCCCACUUAGAGACUACCAUUGGUUAUGUGAUCCUUGUACCAAUGAACUAAAUCCCAUUGUCGUGGACAAUUAUCAGUGCUGUCUCUGCAAUGCUCGAGAACUAGAUAAUGAAGGUGGUCGGAUGCUUACUAAAAAGUCAGUGCCAGAUGCAUUGAAGAUUACCGCCACGGGAGAAUGGUCCCACGUUAGCUGUUCGCUUUUCAAUGAUGAGAUUGCCUACAAUGCUUUGGCUAAGCUGCAAUGCGCAAGCAAUAUUAACGACACCUUGUUAAGAGGUGAUUGCCAUAUUUGCUCUAUUUGUGGUGGCAAUGGUGGCGGGCUUGUCAAGUGUACUGGCUGUCCUUUGUGGUCUCAUGUUACUUGUGCACAAGAUGCACCAGGCUACAAGUUCAUGUUUGAUAAAGUGCGGCCGAGUCUCCUUGGUGAUAAAGCAAGGGUGGUAGAAAUUUAUGGUGAACUCUGGAAGAUCAGGCCGGUCCUGGUUUGUCCUAAUCAUGAUCAGAUAUCGUUUGCCAAUCAUUUACCUUUGGGUUAUAGAACUAAACUCGGAGUAUCACUGCUAGAAGUUUAUUGCAAAAACUACAAGAAUGCGGUGAUCUUCGAGACCCAACCUAUAAAAAUGACAGUUGCUGAAACGGCGGCUAAAACUUUGGGACAAUUGAUUAGUGCAUCAAAUGACGGUAUCGAUUCGGAAAGUAAGGAAUCGUUGGUAAGUGAAAUGAAGCGGUGUGAGCAAUGUAACUGCCAAAGCUCGAUAUAUUGGUAUGGGAAUGUAUGUUAUUCGUGCCACAACAAAAUUGCAGAUAUAGAGAGGGGCUUGCUUUCCGACGAGGAAGAGAGUGAGAACGAGAACGACCACUUGGAGAGACUUUCUGUACUGGAAUUGAGAGAGGAACUUUUCAAGGAUAUUUACAUUGAUAGAUCAGGUCCUUCGAAUAUCCCGACACCUCGAGGCAAGAGAUCUCGAACACCAGGGUCUGUGAAGGGGCUUAAGAAGGCGAAAACCGUAAAAGUUGAGGGCUCGGAACUACGGCCAGAAAUCACCUCUGUUGUGGUACAGAGCCCACUAGACAAAAAUACUCGAAUCGCAGAAUCAAGCUAG